CACAUCGGAAAGCUUGUGGACGGCGCAUGCGCACAUUCGAGCUUCAUGUAGUACUCUGCACAGUCGAAGUGCAUUUAGGCUGCUGUAAAGCCGAAGAUUGACGUGACUGCUGCAGAGGGAGAACGUUGGUCAGCUGGAGAAGAAACAGUUCAACACAGCAUGAAGAGGCUGGCGGUUCUCCUGCUGUUACUGUUUGGAGGUUCAGCUGAUGCUUACUCUUCAGGAGCACCAUCUACAGCAUGUAGUUCAUUAACUCCUGGUCAUGGAGGGUCACCCCAAUCAUCGUCCUCGCCUUAUACACUCGAUCUGUCAAUCUUUGACUUGUACGAUGACGGUAUAACUAUAUACUACUAUGAACCUGGACAAACAUAUCAGUUGACUCUGUCUGGUGGUGGUACAACAUUUCGAGGGUUUCUGCUCCAAGCGAGAUUGACGGCGGAUGAUGCAACCCUUACCGGGACGUUCUCUAACCCAGUCUCUGGCUCCCAGCUCAGUAGCUGCUCUCCUCCUGCUGCUGGCCUGACACACUCCAGCAACUCACACAAUAUGUCCAUCACUGGGACUUGGACAGCACCAUCUCUCGGAUCUGGACCAAUCAGAUUCAGAUAUGCAGUGGUACAAGACAUGCCAACAUACUGGGCAAACAUCAUGAGUGAUGUGAUCUAUGAAUCAGGGACGAACCUGGUAUACAAAGGUGCCCUACUGCUGGCCAACAAUUCUCUGGUAGUGAGGGGAGAUGUGGGAGUAGGAGAGGAUGGAAUAAUUUGUACCUCUGAUAGUGCUGACUGCUGCAGUGACCAAGACUCCGGUGGCUGGUUCUCCCCCACUGGAGACUCACUCCACGAGGGGGCAGAUGGAGCCUCCACUCUCUACCUCACUCGAGGUCCUGGGUUUGUCCGUCUCAACAGAAUCACCGGCGGGACCUCUGCCCUCUACUGGUGCGAUGUUCCUGACUCCUCUGGGGUGCUGCAGAGGUUUUAUGUUGGACUCUACACUAGUGGACUCACUUCAGGUGCAUAUACUUCAGUUGCAGUGUUGUUUGCAUUGGAAACGGAAGUAACGGAAGACCCACCUCGAUUCUCACUGACAUGUACCACCAAGGGUGGACCAGCUACCAAUGUUACGUGGGAGAGAGACGGAGUGGCGAUAGGAGAUGACGCUAGCCACUCCUCGAGCCAGAUUGUGGUUGAUGCUGUGGACGCUGAGUAUGACAAUGUCCUCGUGGUGACAGGGAGAAAUGGAGGAGAUUACACCUGCACAGUCUCCCAUGCGAGGACCUCAAUCGUUGGCAGCAUUCAAGUUGAAGUGGGUACAGAGGCUAUCAAUCUAACAGCAGUACAGGAAGAUAUUAGUGGAACCAGUAUCAUUAUUACCUGGGACAUCCCCUCAUCUCCUGCACCCACUGCAAGUGGAUUCACUGUGAUGUACGAAACCUCAGAGUCCAACGACACUUUCAGCGCUGGUUUGACCGAGCGUUCACUAACUCGUCAAGGACUAAUGACGGGGUCCACCUACAGCAUUUCAAUCAUCACAGAGUCGACCCAUCUGCCGAGUGGAUUGGUUGGUCCAGUGAAUGUGACCUUAGGGACAGGCUGUGUGGGCUUAGGCUAUACUAAUGGAUGUUGUGUUGACUCUGGAUCGGGGGACAGUGGAUGUAUUCUGGACCUGGCUGGUACUGAAGGUGACUGUGAUUGCAGUGAGGAGUGCUACAGUCUUGGAAACUGCUGCCUCGAUAUUCUCCUCUCCUGUCCACCUCCUCCCGAUGCAAACUUGUGUGUACUGUUCCGUGGGUAUGGUUGUGACGAGAAUGCCGAGUGUGUAUCGGUGGGAGGAGUCAUCAAUGAUAGUUCCUCCUACCAGUGUGUCUGUACUCAAGGAUAUGUAGGGGAUGGGAACACCACUUGUAUAGGAGACUCAGUCAAUGUCAGCCAUUCGGUGGUGCUGGCAACAAACGGAAGUUUGGCUGUUUUGACGUGUGAAGCACAGUUUUUCCAGGCCAGUCCCCACUAUUGGAUACUGGUGGGGGACAAAUUAAUGACAGUGGCUGUUGGUAAGACCCUCGAGCUGGAUCAGAUCUUGUUUGCAGCAGCAGGAGACAAAUACCAGUGCAUCGUGUCAACCCCAUAUGGAAACAUUACGUCCCAACUUGCUGAGAUCAUUGUUGCUGCGGUGUUUGAGGAGUCACCAGCGCCAGUCACGGCAGAAGUAGGAAGUAAUGUGAGUCUCCAGUGUAUAGCUGAGGGCUACCCACCUCCGACCACCGUCCAGUGGUUGCACUACGAUACAGUCAUUGGGGAAACAGACAGUAUCACCAUUGACGAGGUGACGGUCAACUCAACAACUGUUGUUAGUACUCUGGAGCUGAGUGGUCUCAGUACAGUGCAGUACGGUCAGUACCACUGCAGAGCCAAUGGGGAUGUUGACAGUGAACAUGCCGCCAUCUCUUUCACUGGUAAUUUUAGUGUGGGUGAUUGUGAGGAGCUCCAUAACAUUACUUCAAACGUGACUGAAGUUGGCACCAGGGGAACAGUGUGUUUCCAAUGCCCUGAGCCAGACUCCGUACUGGUGUGGAUCAUCAAUAACCAGUCUGUCAGUAGUUCUAUUGGGACAAGUUUUGCUGAGGGAGUUCUGGCCGUGUUCCUAGCAGCACAAGUAUUCAGUGUUGAUUCUCUGACACUGCUGUCGUGCUUGACAGACAAUUCUGUCACCAUACAAACCUUUGUCACAUUACAAGAUUUCCCACAACCAGUAGUGGAGAUAACAGCAAGUUCUAAUGACAGUGUGGUGGGGCAGCCCCUGACUAUUACCUGCUCAGUGACAAUAGGGAGCGUUCUCACAACAGUACCAGACAUUGAAUUCCUUGGUUCAUCUGGUGACCCAAUAAUAACAGGAGGAAGGAUAUUAAUGAGUGGUCCAACAACUGAUGGAGCAGUAACAACAGCGCAGGUCGAGAUUCAGUCACUCACAGCAUCAGAUGGUGGCCAGUAUACCUGCAGAGCCACAAUCAAUGCUCCCGGAGUCCAAAAUACUUCUGAGGCUUACACGGUCAUCACAGUAGCACUUUCUGAGCCAGAUGCAAUGGUAGCCCCUGUCAGUGAUGGUAGCACCACCCCGCAUGCUGGUGUAGAGUAUAGACUGGUGUGUGGUGUUGACUCCAAUGAAUCAUACGUUGGAAUGAUGAUGGGGGCAGAGGUUGUGAUUGUAUGGAGGAACAGUGAGGGGGACCCUGUCGUAUCAGACGCCAGGGUCUCUGUGUCACAGACUGAGGCAGUGCCCGGCGAAGGGGGGUUCAGGUCCACUCUGACUUUCUCCCCUCUCAGUCUAUCAGACACUGGGGACUAUGUAUGCUGCGCAGUCUUCACACCAGACCCCAGCUGGUCCUUUGUGACUCCCAGCAGCCCUGGAGAAGACACAUACACUGUUAACGUAACAGCUCCCCCACUGCCGAACCUAACAGUGUCUGUCAAUGGUUCUGGGGUUGCCGGAGAGCCACUGGAGUUAGUGUGCGUCUCUCAGUUCAUCCAGGACCUCGUCCUACCACCAUCAGUCGCGAUAUUAGACCCUCUCAAUGUACAGCUAGAGGAAGGACUCGCAACGUCUUCAGGAGAGGGUAUUGUGAGUGUUUCAGCCCUGCUGGAUCCACUCCUGACGUCACAUGCUGGGAUCUACACUUGCGUCUCCACCUACAACAUCUCCGAGGCUGGGCUGGAUGAUGCUGAGCUGUACUCUGCCACACAGAUUAUCCCUGUCAAUGUAUCAAUUCCAGCUCCACGGGUGGUCUUGGCUCCAGUAUCGACUGAGACUUACAUUGGAGCAGUAACUAGUCUCUACUGCACGGUCCGGCUGGAUGCUGCAGUGAAUACUGCUAUUGAGGUUACUACAUCUAUUGCACCCGGUUCCGACAACUUUACUUUGGCGAAUGAGCUGGGUGGCAAUAUCUAUCAGUCAGGCCUUGUGUUCAGUCCUCUCACCAGUGAAGACGCAAAUGAGUAUGUCUGCAACGUAAUGGCUCAAUCUUCAAAUGAGCACAUCACCAGGGCAACAGCAGAGGCUGUAUAUUCACUUGUCCCUCUAGACACCCCAGAGCCUCUGGUAACUAUUUCCCUGGAGCAGUCAGCAGCUGUUUUGGGUACCGAUGGGUCCCUGGUAUGCAGUGUCACCACGAUCCCUGGAUUGCUCUACCCACCAAUCGUUGAGUGGGUGGAGCUACCAGACCCAGCUAAUACCACUGUGGAGUGGGUGGAAGGAGAAGGGAACACGCUCUGGCAUCUGCUUCACUUCGACCCGACUUUGGAGGGACACGGAGGCUUGUACACAUGCUCUGCCAAACUGUCAUUUCCAAACACAACCAUAGCAUCUGUGACAACCACUAGAAACUUCACACUCGUGGUCCAAGCCCCAGUUCCAGAAAUAGAGAUCACACAAGAUCCAGAGGGAGAUAUCGUGGUAGAAUCAGGGGUCUUCCUGACCUGCAAUGCAUCCAUUCCACAGCCAAACUCUCUGACAUUCUCAGUCACCAUAAACUGGACCACCGCAGACAUGUCCACCGUUGUAAACUCCAGUGACUCUAGACUUUUGGUCUCUCAAAUUGUUGAGACGACUCCACAUGAAUUCAUCUCGAGGCUGACUCUCUCUGCUGUGAGUCCGGAGCUGGAUAGUGUGUAUGUCUGUACUGCAGAGACCUCAGGGGAGGGCUCUGGGGAGUUUGUCUCCACACAGUCUGCCACGAGAAAUCUGUCUCUUGUCAUUGUAGGACCUCCAGUAGAUUUUAUUGUGGAGUCAAACAUGCCAACCAAUCUCUCGUUUAGCUGGGGGCUCCCUAUGACCCCUGGAGAAAUAGUUAGCUACCGGUUGGAGUGUUCUACUGAGGUGACAGGUGUCAGCCAUCCACCUCCAGUGAACACCACAGAUCAGACUGGCACAGUGCUCUCCCUCAGUCCUGGAGUCCCCUACACGUGCACACUCACAGCUCUCACUGUGUCUAACACACCGCCUCCUGCCACUGUCAAUGCCACUACCCUUGAAUCAGCUCCCAGUGGUUCACCAGUUGGCUUUAGUGCAGAGCCAGUUGGGGCGAGAAACAUCUCGUUUUCAUGGCAACCACCUGAACCGCACCUCCAGAACGGCGUCAUUGUCAAGUACAUCAUCACUUGUACUCCGAACCCUCUCACUCCUCUUUCUCCCGUGACCGAAGCCAUCGGACUCACUGUGGGUGUUCUCAUUCAAGUGAAGGUUUUAGGUGUAGGGGACUGUGUGUCAUGGAAGGCCCAGGAUGAGGAUGCUAAACGUGAUGAUCUUACAUCUGCCAUAGUCGACAAUAUCAACAAGAGAUGCGACUGCUCCUUUACCAGCAACAGUGUAUUGGAGGGGCAAUUUCAGUGUUUCGGUUCUGUUUCAGACAGUGUGACAUUCAGAGCAAUCCUGAGGGGAACUGCUGCAGCGAGCAGCUUAGUUCUAGCCAGUCACGUGGCAGACUGGGUGGCCACGGGGCAGACAAUUCUACUGCAAAACGUCCACUUCAAGUUGGAGAGCGAGUGCAGGAGGAAGUUGUGAUUGAGGAGUUGUUGAGCCCUGAAUGUGCUCCGCCGAGGGCUGUAGGAGACUCUAGUAACUUCAGCGUGUUGUCUCUUGGUAUAGAGGCAGUUGUGGGUGUUAGUGCGGCUGGUCUACUGGUGGUAGCUGGACUGAUAGUAUCAGUGGUGGUCAUCAUCACAUGCUGGAGGAGACAUCGCCUGAUUAAAGUGAACGUUCGGGGGCACUCCAGGCAUGUUACCCCAGAGAAAGGAAGCACAGAACUCCUGCAAUCACAUCGAAGAAGUACAACCAGUGUGGACAGCGAGUUGAUAUACAACGAACAGUAUACGUCAUUUAUUUGGCAAGCAGCAGUCAGAGAAACCUGCUGCCGACCCUCUCAAAGACAAUCCUCUUUACUCAAACCCUGUUGUAGCAAACACCAAACUAGAUGACCCUCUACCGCCCCUACCUGAAGUCGACUCUGAUGGAUACGCUGCUGUAUUGCCUCUUAAUAUGAGGAGCCGUGCAAUGACUAGCCCCGCAGCUCCAAGCGAUUAUCUAAAGCCAGUACUGUCUCCGCAACAUACGAAGGAGAAAUUGCUACCCCCUCCAGACAACAGUGAAAUAUUUGAGAACAGAUCGAGCGGGAUCUACGAGGACCCAGACUACACACCCACACCCAAGAGGAGGUCCACGUCUCUCAGUCAUAAGACUGCCACUAGCACCACUGCAGCUGCUGGUUCUCCUGCAAGAAGCGUGGGUAGAGCUGACACGUUUAUGAGUGGUGGAGGAGGAGGAGGGCGAGGGCGCAGAGCCAGGGGUGUGGCUAGUGCUGGUAGUGUGAGGGAAAACCAGGGAACGUGAUGCGGGAGGACGACAUGGCAACAUGUACUUGGAGAAUAAGGGUCGAGGCAAGCGAAUUACUGGAAGUGGAGGCCUUAUUAGUGGUGGGGUAGUGGCAGCAGAUUAUGAAGAACCAACUUCGGGGAAGGAUUCAACAAAGUGGACCCUUAUGUAGAGUUUUUAAUGCUGUAACACCUGAACGUAGCAUUGUAUGUCUUGUUUAUUUUGUGCAAGUACUACCGAUCACUUUCUAUUGCCAGGUUGAUCUCAUUUGCUU